UUGAGAUUAUUUGCCGUCCAUGUUUUUUUCCUUUUGCGUUUACGAAGUGUAAUAGCCAACAUGGGCUUUGCUAAUUUGUGGUAUUCUCAUCCUCGUAAAUAUGGUCAAGGCUCCAGAUGCUGUCGUGCCUGCUCUAAUCGUCACGGUUUAAUUCGUAAAUAUGGUUUAAAUAUUUGUCGGCAAUGUUUCCGGGAAUAUGCCAGCGAUAUUGGCUUUAAGAAGUUGGAUUAAGCACUUUAGCGCUUGACUCGGCUACUGAUUCUCAUAUUAAGGCGCAAAGUUUAACAUAAAAUUUUUAAACUCUGUGACUUAAUAUGCUUUAAAAAAACUUAUCAUUUUAGAGUUUAAAUAAGUUUCGUCAACACAGAUAUGUAGAUGAACGGAUAAGGAACUAUAGGUCUUAACGCAAAUCGUGUAUAAAGUUUAAAUGAUUUAUCACAAAUUGUUGGAGAAUUACUUAUUGAAACUUUCAAAUGAUUAAUAAAUAACAAGCUUAAAAAAUCUA